AUGGAUGUGAAGAAGAACUGCUUCGGUUCGAGAAGUCAAAGGACACAAAACAUUCGGUUAGGUCGGAGCAACACAAAACCUCACUAUAGGAGCUAUUCUCCAAGCAGCUAUGAUGGCACAAAAACAGUGUGGCAGAUGCUUUGGAGAAAACUGAAAAUAUCAGAUAAGAAGAAAGUCUUCGAUUCUCCCAAUACAAUGGACGGUGUUUAUGAUCAAGAAACAUACUCAAUGAACUUUGAUCAAGGUACGGGAUGGAUGGAGCCAGACAAUCUCCCUCGUUCCUUCUCAGCUCGGUUUGCUGAUCCAUCUAGGAUCUUACCACCAAAACAUUUAUUGGAUUGA